CUUUGAUGCGUUUGACGUAUGAAGUGAGUCGUGGGCAAGGUCUGUAUUUGAGAGCUUUCUUUCUAUUCGCUACAAAUUUAUUAAGUCUAUCAUCAGAGGAUUGCUUGAAAACUGAAUACCUACUCUGUUUUUAAUAUAAGACAAAGCAUUAACUAACUCUUGUAAAUAUGAGUCGUUUCUUUGCAACUGGGACGGACUCGGAGUCAGAGAGCAGCAGCGAGGACGAGCCAGUAGUACGCGCCCCCGCGCCAGUUUACACGUUUAGUGACGAUGAGGAAGAAACAAAGCGAGUUGUGCGCUCAAUGAAAGAGAAGCGUUAUGAGGAAUUAGAAGGAAUUAUACACUCUAUACGCAAUCAUCGGAAAAUCAAGGAUUUUAGUUCAGCAUUAGCUUCUUUCGAAGAGCUCCAAAAGGCAUACACUCGAGCCGCACCGGUUGUUCAAAAGGAGGAGAAUGGAGUUGCUCCUAGAUUCUUCAUAAGAGCUCUUGUAGAAUUGGACGAUUGGGUAGUAGGAGCAUGGAAUGAACGUGAAGCCCGAAAAGCUCUAUCAAAAGGAAACAGUAAAGCUCUUACCUCACUAAGACAGAAACUUAGGAAGUACACUAAAGAUUUUGAAGCUGAAAUAUCCAAGUUCCGUGAAGAUCCUGAUCUACCCGAUGACAAUGAACGUAAAGAUUCAUCAUCAUCAGAUGAGUCUGAAGAUGAAGAAAAACCAAUUAAAGAGAAGCCUAAACCCGAGCCCCUUCUUCGUCCACCACCAGAAGAUGAUGAAUCAUCAGAUUCUAUGGAUUGGGCUUCUAGUUCUUCUGACUCCAGUUUUAGCUCUGAUGAUGAGGAACGUGGUACCUCCAAUAUUCGUGAACAAUUCAUCAAGAAAGUUACCAAGAAAGAGGAUGAUGAAGAGAAAAUAAAACUUAAACUAAAGAAACGUGAGGAAAGACGUGAAAGGUCUGGUAAAAUCAAUAAACGCGACGUAGCUGAUGAUGGUGGUGAAUGGGAAACAGUCAGAAAGGGUGCGGCGACUUCUGAUAAGCCUAAAAUGUUCGCUAAAGAUAGUGAUAUUGAUGCUGCACUUGUCGUGAAGAAACUUGGUGAAAUAAGCGCAGCCAGAGGUCGAAAAAGAACUGAUCGUCGUGCUCAGUUAGAACUUUUACAUGAGUUGCGUACUGUUGCGCUUCAACAUAAUUUGGGAGAUGCACUACAACUAAAACUACGCUCGGCCAUCGUGGCUGCCCUCUUUGACUAUAAUCCUAAAGUCUCUGAUGCAAUGAAACCGGAAUAUUGGUCAAAACUGGUUGAAAAUAUUGAUCACAUGGUAACUCUUCUUCUGGCUCACGAAGAUAUGGUUCUGAGUGAGACAAUCCUUGAAGAGAAUGAACAACUCGUCACACCACCAUACCAAGUUCGCGGUUGUCUACUUACUUAUCUGGAAAGACUUGAUGAUGAAUUUACCAAGUUGCUAAAAGAAUGUGACCCACAUUCUAAUGAGUAUGUAGAGAGAUUAAAAGAUGAAGUGCGAGUUUCAGCUCUCAUUGACCGUGUAUGUCAAGUUGUUGAACGUGAUGGUACACCUCAAGAAAUUUGUAGGGCGUAUCUAAGAAAAAUAGAUCAUUUGUACUACAAAUUUGAUCCACGUGCAGUUCGAAAAGAUCUUCCGCCUACUGAGGAAACAACUAUUAAGAAAAUGGAACGUUACUGCAAAUACAUUUAUGCCCAUGAUGAGACCGAUCGUCUGAGAACUCGUGCUAUACUUUCUCAUAUCUAUCACCAUGCCCUGCAUGACAACUGGUUCCAAGCCCGUGAUUUGUUACUCAUGUCUCAUCUUCAAGAGACCGUACAACACUCUGAUCCUAGUACACAGAUUUUGUAUAAUCGGACAAUGGCUAAUUUAGGUCUGUGUGCUUUUCGCCGAGGUAACGUGAAAGAAGCUCAUGGCUGUUUGGCCGAGUUAAUGAUGACUGGAAAGCCUAAAGAGCUAUUGGCUCAAGGUCUACUACCUCAACGUCAACAUGAGCGCUCAAAGGAGCAGGAGAAAAUUGAAAAACAACGCCAGAUGCCUUUUCACAUGCACAUUAAUCUGGAAUUACUCGAGUGUGUCUAUUUAGUAUCAGCGAUGCUGAUUGAGAUUCCGUACAUGGCAGCACACGAAUUUGAUGCCCGACGUCGCAUGAUUAGUAAAACUUUCUAUCAAAAUCUACGUGCUAGUGAACGUCAGGCGCUUGUCGGCCCUCCUGAGUCGAUGCGAGAGCACGCAGUGGCGGCUGCAAGGGCCAUGCGCAGAGGUGAUUGGAGAGCUUGCCUAAAUUACAUCGUGAAUGAAAAAAUGAAUGCCAAGGUUUGGGAUUUAAUGGUCGGAGCUGAUAAUGUUCGUGCAAUGCUAGGUCGUCUUAUACGUGAAGAGUCCCUACGUACCUAUCUGUUCACAUAUGCUCACGUGUACGCGUCACUGUCAUUGCGUUCUCUCGCUGACAUGUUUGAAUUACCACGUCAACGCGUACAUUCUCUAGUGUCUAAAAUGAUCAUCAACGAGGAGCUCUUGGCAUCAUUGGAUGACCCGAGCGAAUGUGCUAUCUUGCACCGUUCCGAACCAACACGUAUGCAGGCUCUGGCACUACAGCUUGCCGACAAGGUCGGAAAUUUGGUGGAUUCGAAUGAGCGUAUAUUCGAAAAACAAGGCUCGUUCUUCCAACGGGGCGGCGCACAGCGCGGGGAGGGGCGUCAGCGAGAGCGGCCGCGUGAGGGCUGGAACCGACGCACCCGCAACCGUCGCCGCGACGACGAACGCGCAGACGACUAGAAUUGCUCUAAAGCAAAAAACGAUACGAGAAUUUUUCUAUCACAUUUUAAUUAAUAGUCUCCGUAAAUACUACGAACUGUGUGCUUAGUGCGAGUUUUUUAACGUUCUCGAUAACAUAAAAGGUAGCUCAUAUCUGUAUGGAAUGGGAUCGUUUGCCUGCGUUUGUCGCUAGGGGCGCUGUUCCAACUGCAUACAAAAUUGGGUUAACUUUUACUCUAUCGAAAACGUUAAAAAAUUCGCACUAAGCACACUGUAAACAUUGUAGUUAUAAAAUUAAUUGUGUAAAACUCGUCAGCAUUAUCAACUCCAGACAGUUUCUUUUUCGAUUCCAAGAACAAUUAAUUUCACAAAUGUGUAUUCAUUUUUUCAUUUAUCUUAAAUUUUGGAAAAAUAAAUCGUGUCACUUGAGAA